AAAAUAAAUGCUGGGAGAACUGCUCAGCCAGUCCAAGAGAGGUGUGGACCAAGGCUGCUUGUCCCGGUCUGAUCCAGAGGCCAACCAAGCAGACCCAGUGACUGACAGGACGUCAGUAUUUAUCAGCCACCUGGUGCAUUCAAUUAACAGACCAUCUACCUGCUUCCUGAAAAGAACAAAGAAAACAAAUAAUGGACCAGAAACACCUACUGGAUAGGAGGGGAUCGUCACAAGUGCAACCCAGUAAAAUCAGAUAAAUAAGGUCAGAAUGAAACCAGAGUAAAAACUAGCUCAAAUCUGGCAAAACAAAACUCAGCAUUUCCUUUUAAAAUUAAAAGAUUGUGGCAUAUAUACAAUGUAUAUACAGUAUUUCACACCUGAAUGUAUGCUCUUAUUGUGAAGGGGAGAAGGUGAGAAGAGAAGACACCAAAGGUUGUACUUCAUUGGUUUUUUGGCUUGGAAGACAUUGAGAAUAAAACAAGAGUCAAAUUAUAUUUUCAUCUUUUUCUGCUGAUUUCCACAUUGGUGACCCUGAUGUGAUUUGAACAUGCAACCUUCUGAUUAAAAAAUAUAAAUUAAACAAGAAUGAUAUGAGAUUGAGAAGGCAAUAAAGAAUUUAUAACACAAGAUAAAACCAGAACAGAACUGAGAUCAAAUCUGAACUAAAGCUGGGAUCAAAUUUAGUGGAAAACCGGGAAGAAGCAGAUAGAAAAAGGACUUAAACUCCAGCUAAUGAAAUAUAAAGAUACUGAAAUCUAAAUCAAGCAGAAAAAUCAUCUCAAUGUUCAUUUAUUUCAAUAAUUAUGUGAAAUAUUGACAUAAUCUGUAGAAGUUCAGGGACAAUGCAGAGGUGUGGUUUAAAGUGAUCACCGUGCUGUCCCGGACUGAUAGAGCGGGGCGGAGCUACUAACGGCUGAGAUCAUUACGAAGAAAUAUCUUCCAAGUUCUGGUCGAACUUCUGAAGCGGACUGGUUCCGCCCAACUUCUUCCCCCUACAGGUUCCGUGUUCUCCCGCCAAUGAGGAAGUUGUGGGAAGUUGGUGGUUCCCCCGCAGGGACGCCAGAGAUGCUCCGCCCGGUAACGGUCCGAUGUUAGCCCGGCUGCUGCUAGCCUCGCUGCAACAGGUCUGCCCCCGGUUCUACGAACCGCCCGGUCCAGAUGGAGAGCAGAACCGCCACCAGGUACUCCUGGAUCGACUUCGCCUUCUCGGUGGUGGGAGUUUGCACCUUCCUGCUGGACUGGGGCUCCGACCUGUGGCUGGCCAAGGAGUUCUACUGCCGGGGGGACUUGUUCUGGUUCGGGGUGCUGGUCGGCCUCAUGGUUCUGUCCUCUGUCGUGGUCCAAAUGUUCAGCUGGUUCUGGUUCCAGUACGACCGGGAGCUGCCGGGGUUCAGCGAGCAGACCCCCGGGGCAGGGAGCGUGUUCUGCGGGGACAGAGCCAAGCUGUUCUGCCUGUUGCAUGUUCUCCAGCUGGGCUUCCUCUGCAGACACGUGUCGGCCAUCCGUCAGGGCUUCAGGGUGUGGUGGAGGAAGGAGGCGGGGUCAGAGUACGCCGUCUACCUGACGCACGAUCUGAGCAUGCUCCGUCUGAUCGAGACGUUCUGUGAGAGCGCCCCCCAGCUCGUCCUGAUGGUCUACGUCAUGCUCCGCACCAACCGGGCCAGGACCGUCCAGUUUGUGAGCGUGGCGGCCUCCGUGGCCUCCGUGGCCUGGAUGGUGGUGGACUACCACCGCUCUCUGCGCUCCUUCCUGCCAGACAAGGCCGAGCAGCGCUGGGGUUCCUCCAUCGUCUACUUCCUGUGGAACCUGCUGCUGAUUGGCCCGCGGGUCGCCGCCCUCGCCCUCUUCUCCUCCGUCCUGCCCGGCUUCAUCGCCUUCCACUUCCUGCUGCUGUGGCCGACGCUGGUUCUGUGGGCCUGGCGGCAGGACACCGGCUUCAUGGACAGCGCGGGCGGCGAGUGGCUGUACCGCGCCACCGUGGGCCUCAUCUGGUACUUCAGCUGGUUCAACGUGGCCGAGGGCCGGACGCUGGGCCGCAGCCUCGUCUACCACACCUUCGUCACGGCCGACGUGGCCGUCCUCCUCACCACCUGGUGGAGCUACAGAGACCCGGUCCAGACGGUGGCGUACGGCGCGGCGCUGCUGCUCGCCCUGCCGCUUUGCUACCUGCUGGGGUUGCUGCUCAAAACGCUCUACUACUGCCGCUUCCACCCCACGCUGCCGCCGGACCGCGACCCACACGACCUGCCCGACUCCGACGUGGCCUCCAGGGCCCUCCCCAUCCAGGACGGAGCGCCGGCCGCCCCGCUGCUCAAUCAGCGAAUGGCCUGCCACGCCGCGCAUUUCUACACCGACCGGCGCCACGCUAUGGCCAGGGGACUGGGUGGGGCUACUUGUGAAGUGGGCGGGGCCGGGGUGUCUCAUUCCUGAGCACAGCUUCCUGUUCUGCUGCAGCAGCUUCCUUUCCAAAGGCCUUACAGUGGCAGUCGCCCAGGGCAACACGAUUUGACGGCCCCAAAGUCUAGAAUAUUUUUAUAAUGAAUGAAUUUUUCUCAUUGGCUCACAUUUUUAUUAAUGUUUCUGAUACUCCAAACAUGGAGCCCUCUCACAUGUGAUCCUGCUGUUGCCUUACCUCACAUAUUGAGUAAAAUGUCUUAUUUUACUA